AUGUGCACUCACCUGGACACUGUGUUGCCAGACAAUCUGAAACUGUCUCUCCACCAGGCCUUCUGGAACCACCGUCGGAACUGUGCGCGGUGCAGUGCGAGAAACAAUCCGUCCAGCUGGGUCUACAACAACACCAGCUGUCCUCUAGAGCUUCUUGUCAAGCGUCCGCAGCCCAAGACCGACGACACCAAGACCCCCAAGCUUCAGACCGCGCCACCCAGACAAGCCAACAAGAAGGAGCCGAGCGACGAUGAACGUCGGGCACAGGGACUUGUUAAAGUCACCUAUGAGAUUGACGAUGAUUUCGACGCGGCAGGAGGAACGGGCGUCAAGAGGACGAUUUGGAUCCGCGAUUUUAGCGCGGAGGAAUACGACCCUGUGGAGGAGAAGGACAUCAUCUGCGAGGAGAUUUCGAUUUCGUUUAAAUAA